GCUACAUGGGGAGGACUCUGGCUUCAAACACUCAGUGUGCCAGUAUUUGCCUUUGCUACCUCAGAGGUCAACUUCCAUGGAAAACAGCUCUGAGGCCAUGGCUGCUCCUAACGUCCUCCUGUCGGCGGCACAGUUUCAAUGCUGCAUCUGUCAGGACGUGUUCUCCGAGCCCGUCUCCAUCCCCUGCGGCCACAGCUUCUGCCUCUCCUGCAUCAGGUCGCGCUGGGGCGACAGCCGCGCCGUCAGCUGCCCCAGGUGCCGGACGGAGUUCGAGCGGCGCCCCGAGCUCUGUGAGAACUCUUUCGCCAAGGAAAUGUCGGAUAAGAUCCGGGCGAGGAGGCAGAACGGCGGCGCGCCAGCGGAGGGGAAGGCCGUUUACUGCGACGUGUGCGUGGGAACGCGAGCUAAGGCCGCCAAGUCCUGCCUGGUGUGCCUCACCUCGUACUGUGAGGCCCACCUGGAGCCCCACCUGAGAGUUGCCACCUUGAAGACCCACAGGGUGAUCGAGCCUGUGGCGGCGCUGGAGAGCAGGAUGUGCAAAAGGCACCAGAGGCUCUUGGAGUUGUUCUGCAGGAGCGACCAGAAGUGCGUCUGUGUGCUCUGCACCGAGACCGAUCACCGCUCCCACGACACCGUCCCCGUAGAAAGAGAAAGCCAGGAGAAUAAGGUUCAGAUGAAAAGGGUUGAGGCUGAUGUUCAGCAGAUGAUCCAGGACAGACGAAAGAAAGUGGAGGAGAUCAAACAAUCUGUGGAGCUCAGCAAAGAGAUCUCCAAGAGGGACAUAGAAGAGAGCAUGGAGGUUUUCUCUGCUCUGUUUCACACCGUGGAGAAAAGUCGAGCUGAGCUGGUGGAGACCAUCCAGAGGACGCAGGCGUCCGCGGAGCAGCGGGCCGCCCGGCUCAUCACGGAGCUGGAGCUGGAAAUCGUCGAGCUGCAGAUGAGAAGAAAGGAGAUGGAGCAGCUGCUCCACACAGAGGACCACCUUCAUCUUGUGCAGAGGUUUCCAGCUCUGGGUUCUCCUCCACCUUUCAAAGCCUGCUCUGAGACCAUCGUACAUUCAGACACGUGCUUGGGGAUUUUAAGGAGAGAAGUGACCAACAUUGAACAGCAGCUGCAGUCGGAGCUGAAAAGGCUUUCUAUUCGAGAGCACGAGAAGAUGCAGCGGUACGCAGCUGAUGUUCAUCUGGACCCAAGGACGGCUAAUCCUUGGCUGGUUAUAUCAAAGGAUGGGAGACAAGUCAAGGAUGGAGAGGUGGAACAAAAACUGCCUAAUACACCAGAGCGUUUCGACACAGCGCCAUGUGUUCUUGCCCUCAGGGGUUUCACCACAGGCAGACACUACUGGGAGGUGGACGUGGGAGAUAAAACAGCGUGGGAUUUGGGCGUAGCUCGAGAGUCAGUCAACAGGAAAGGCCUGGUCACGUUGUGCCCAGAGUACGGUUACUGGGCGAUUUGUUUGAGGAACGGCAAUGAGUACCGGGCGUGUGCAGGACAGGCGAAGCUGCUGUGUGUCUCCCGGAGGCCUCGGGUGAUUGGAGUGUUUUUGGACUACGAGGACGGGACGGUGUCUUUCUACGACGCAGGGGCCAAAUCGCACCUUUACUCCUUCACACAGUUCCAGUUCACUGAGGCCAUGUUUCCCAUUUUUAACCCGGAUAUGAAUGACAGCAGCAGCAACAAAUCACCGCUCAUCAUUCGUCCUGCCAGUGGAGGCAGAGCUUUAGACGGAAUUACCAUCUGAUGCAAUCAAGUGGAUUUCCAUAUUUUAUCCCAUAAAAUUAUAUAUUUUGUAAUGCAAAUUUAUUUAAAUUAUAUUUUGCUUAUUUUGCUAUUUCAGGUUUAAAGGCCAAAUUGACUUGUUAUUAUCAUUAUUAUUAUUAUUAAAUGUCGAAAUCAAGUCUUUAGUCAAUAGAUUAGUUACUAUUAAUUUCAAGCCAAUAGACCCUUUCAUGGCCUGCAUCACUGUGAUGUCAUGUCGUUAGCUGGAGGCAAAAUAAAGAGGAGCUUGAGGUGUAAUUUUUUUGGUGCAAAAACACAAACUUGAAAUUUUAUCGCAUAUCAGCCACUGCCAGUCAUAGAGAACUUUGGUUGAACGCGAUUAAAAGAAAUGACUGGAGGGAGACAAUCAACUACAACUUCCUGUUUGCAGCGCACACGUGAUAUCUGGAUUAAGAUAAGAUUAAUAUCUAACACACUACCAGUUUCAGCCUGGAUAACGUUAUGAGUUAGACUUAACUGUGACAAAGUUGGCAAAGUUGAGUUAAUUAUUGUUUGGAAGAUUCUUGAUACAUGCUAAUGCUAACUGCUAGCCAACGCUACGUUAGCUGUAUGUUUCAGUCGUGUCCAAGCAGAAAUUAUAUUUACUAUGUUACCCUCCACAGUGGUUCCAUUUACUUCUUGUAAUAUCUUUGUUGGAUUCAGUUGAUAAAAACAGACCAGACUUCGUCCCCUCUGUGUCCUUUGGUAACACUCGUCUUUCCUUGUCCAUUCUUACCAAAACAGUCAAACAGUUGAAAUAUGCUAACCACCGUUUACAGGCUGUAGUGUUUUGUUUUGCCUCCAGAUAAGCUCCGCCCCUGAAAAAAACGUCACAUUGUUUACAAGCUGUGAAGGGUCUAUAGCAACAAUCUUGAUGAGUCAACACUCCAGCACCAACAUCUGCAUACAAAUGAAUCUAAAGGUGUAAGUGAUCUGUAACUAAAUCCCAUGUACUUUUAUACAGUUUGCUUCUUUAAUAAAUAUCUAAUUAUAGUCACAUCAAA